AGAGGGAAGAGUUGCCCGGGUGCGGGCGGGGAAGCGGCCGCUGACUUUCAGGCCGGGGGAGGGAUGGUGAGCCGGGGCCUGACUGGACGGAGGGCCAGACUCCAGGACAGAGGAGCACGCUCGGCGGCGUACAGGCUGAGGACAGAACUGGUGCCAACUGCUGGGGGCACAGAGCAUGGACCGCCAUGGGCCCACAGGAUAUAUUUGGUAUGCAUUUGUUGUCUGAAUGACCAAGCCCUGGGAUCCUGCAGCUGUAGCUGGGAAGAAACUGUAGCAAGGACUUUUCUCAGAAUGUGGAUAACGCCAGGAUUCAGGCCUCAGCUUCCCAGGCUGAGAGGCCAAGGGUGGGGGAGCUUAGCACAGAGCUCCAGCAAAGGCAGGCCCAUCAUCCCCUUCUUCCCAUGCCCGGUUAGGAGCUGGCAGGAGAUCAGAUGCUACUUCAAUUCCAAGCGGCUCAUGAACAAAAGCUACGAAGUUGCUAAGAAACCUGCUUUUCUGAGGGUUCACCAGGUUUUUCUUUGUUUCUAUGGCAUUGUGUCUGUGAGUGUGCGUGAGCACACCAGGGCCCGUCACCCUGCCAGCCCUGAAGCAGUCAGACCAGAAGGCAGGAACUAUAGGCUGCCCUGGGACACCACCAGGGAUGCCAGGUAUUGCCAAGCCAGGCAGUGGCAGCCCAGGCAUUGAGGGUGAACAAAGAAGAGACAGCUGCCUGCGGCCAGAGGUUGACAGAGCUGUGAGCAGCUGCAGGAAGGAAGCUCUGGAUACUGAAUCCUGGACCCACUUCAGCAAUAGCCCAGAAACCGUAGGGUGGGAGACACCAACAACAGAACUGAUAGGGGGGUCUCACCACCAUCCCCUAGCUGAGCUUGGAAAAUAAUGACAAGCUCUUGUCAAAUGGCCUUGACAAGAUCAGGGCCACUGCAAAAUACCAGAUGCAAGAUGUGUAGAACUAUCCCAGUCCAGGCUGAUGAUUAUCUAAUUUGCUCCUGUUCUUCCCAUCCUCACAUGGACAAUCUGAAGCCUGGGGAGAGGAAGGGACUUUCUCAAGAGUAAAUAGCAUAUCACAGAGGUAGGAGCACUCUCUCUCAAAAAUUCUAUGGGCUGUGAGUGGAUGGAAAAAAAGCCUAAAGUAUAAGCUGAGACUAUAUUAUUCACCCAUUUGUCUCUUCUUCAAAUGCUUCUUGUGCCUCUUUACUCAGUGCCAGGAGCCCCAAAGCCCCAAUCUCAACUAAAUAUAGAGAAAAAGAGAAUCCAAAACUUUGGACCAAUUGCCAAGUUCUCCGAAUCAGUUUGUGAAUGAAUGUGCCCCACCGCCACCGCCAGAGUGCACACUCUUUGUCCAUCUAGGUACUUCAGAUACCUUGGAUUCUACUCUUGUGGGCUUGGGAGAACAAGGAGCUAAAUGGAUGAGAAAUGUAACUUUCCCCUGUCUUCCCACCUGCUCCAGGGAAGAAGGACCUUUCCUCCCAGUGAUCGUGAUUUUGAGAAGGCAUCGGAGGGCUGGCUGCCCUGAAUCUUUCAUUCUGUAUGCCCUAGGUGUCUACUAUGUGCCCAGCACCUUGAGCAAGUCAUUCCUGGCUAUAAACAUUGGCCAAAGGCACAUCUGAUGCUCUCACUAUGCCCAGUUAAAAACCCUCUAAUGGUUCCCACUGCUUUAAAAAUAAAGCUCAGACUCCUUAACACGGCCCACAAGGCCCUGCAGAUUCUGGCUUCUGCUCACCCCCUCCUUUUCUCUUCUUUCUCUCUCAUUCUGCUCCCAUCCCACUGACCUUCAUACCUGUCAUGCUUCCCCUGCACAGGGUCUUUGCACAUGCUGCCCCUACACAUCGAUCGUUUAUCCCUUGCUUCCUUUUUUUCCUAGUAAAAUAAUUUAAUCCUUUUUAGAGAAGCCAUUAAGAUUAUAGAAGAAAAUUAACUUAAUAUCCACCUGGUUCCAGUGCUCAAAACCUGCCACUGUGGUGGGUGAACGGAUUCCCCCCUUCUGUUCAUCAGCCUUCUCCAAGCCAUGGUCCACAGCGGCCUCUGGUGGGCUCUGAGUGACAGCGCCAGUAGGCAGCUUCUGCUCAC